AUGAAUGAUCUGCCGUUUGCUUACUUAAGUGCUUCUGAUGUAUGUGUUAUUGUUCAUAACCUGCAUCCAAGCAUAAAAAGAGAGGACCUUUGGAAUUUAUUUGAAGAAUAUGGCGUAGUGAAGCAAAUACAUAUACAUAGAAAUAAUACGGUAAUCAAAACCGCUGUCAUCUUCUCGUCAGCAGUUAGACUAAACGAGUUGACAUCCAAGCCUUUGUUUGUCAGAAACCAUCAACUGAACAUAAGGCAAUACCCGCUACAUGAUUAUAUCUCAUGGAGAUGUGAACCAUUUACAGGAGAGAGGUUAUCUUUAGGUGGAUUAUCAACGUCUUCUAUCUUUCAAGAAGAAUGGUCCACGCUCUCAAAAAUUCAGUUUCACGUUAACGUGCUUGAGCAGUACGUUGAGAUCUUUUUUUAUUACCUUCACCGUCAAUAUCGUCUUCGCAUUCGAUAUCAAGAAGCACUGAAGGAUGUUGUCAUUAAACGAUCCAAUGGUUCAACAACAGUUAUUAUUGCUGCCAAAUAUCCAGCCUACUUUUGGAGACUAAAAAAUGCUCAAGAAGAAAAGAACUUCUUUGAUUUUAGCUGCUGGGAAAGAGUAACAGAGAUACCGCUUAACACAGAAAAGCCUCCAAAAAAUAAAAAUCCUAUAAAAGCAUAUACAAACUCUUCAACCUCAGUUCGCUUAAAUAGCUGGUCUGUAUAUCUGAUUGAGCUUACUCUUGAUGAUGAUGCACACAAGGCACUCAGUUUGAGACUAGAAUCAGCAACGGCACAAAAGGUAUUGCAUACAACAACGAUUCAAGUGAUGAAAGCGCGCAAGCCAAAGAUUGACUAUGAAGAACGUAUGUCAAACCUACCAUUCGAGGUUCAGUACAUGUUACAACAUACACUUUGCUUGAAAAUAUUGCGAGAGUACAAUAUUGAAGAAGAUUUUUUUGAAGUAAUCGAAAACUUGGAACCACGUGUUGCUUGUAGACUACUCGCUUUAAUCUCUGCUGGACAACAACGUCAUUAUAACCCAGGCGCUAUCAUUUAUAACAUAUUCAAGAAGAACCCGCAUAUCACCAACCUACCAGAGGUAAUACCCGAGGACCACACUUACCUUAGAAAAGUGAUUAUUACUCCCACGUCCAUCUAUCCACUUCAACCUGUCCUUCAAAAGAUGAAUCAUCUGCAGUAUGAGUUUAAACAAUAUGCCGACCGGUUCUUGCUCGUUGAGUUUACAGAUGAGGAACUCAAUUCGAUCGUACCUUCACCCUAUCCAAUGCAAAACGAUCUCAUCCACAAUCGCAUUUUUAAGGUGCUCAAAUCGGGCCUUUUACUCGCUGGCCGACGAUAUGAAUUCUUGUGUACCUCUACUGACGACUUGCGUAAUCACAGCUGUUGGUUUUUUGCUCCUACAGACGAUUUAAACAGAGAUAAAAUCAUCUAUUGGAUGGGUGACUUUGACGAGAUCAAGUCAGUACCCAGAUACAUCGCGAGCGUCGGCCAGGUUAUGGCACAAAGAUUGACCAGUCUCGAAAUCAAAUUAGAGGAGAUAGAAGAAAUCGAUAAUUAUGAACAGAAUGGAUUUAUUUUUGCUAAGGAGUGUGGAAAAGUGUCUUCUGCAGUGGCACGCGAUAUUAAGGAAGUAUUAGAACUAAAGUAUACACCAAGCGUUAUUAAGUUCAAUCUCGCCGGUGGUAAAGGUAUUCUCAUGCUAUCCAGCUUUUUACCAAAACGCAAGGUUCAACUUCGAUCAGGCCAAAUUCAUUUCAACACAAAUCGACUUACGCUGGAAGUCAUCAAGAUAUCCAAAAGGAAGCGAGCAUACCUUAAUAAGCAGUCUAUUUUACUUUUGUCAAGCAUGGGCAUUCAUCCUGGUGUGUUUCAAAACUUGAUAGACAAUAUGAUCGAUUGCUACCUGAUGGGUGCGGCCAACAAGGGUAAUCUAUUGAAUGACUUGAUGGAUGAAUAUUAUUCCAGAUACUUCACAAGUUCUUUCAAGCGUCUUGUCUUUUCUGGAUUUCUAAAACGUCAGGAUCCAUUUAUCAUGAAUUUGAUUAUAUCAUUUCAGAACAAAAUCUUGAAACAACUGAAGGAUGAAUACAAGCUCUAUAUCAGGAAUGGUGCUAGAGCAUUUGCUAUUAUGGAUGAAACAGGUAGCUUGGAACGGGGUGAAGUCUUCUUUCAAACUUCCACGUCGGCUGGUAUCAAUACUGUUUGUGAAGUAAUCGAGGGUCCCUGUGUGAUCUUUAGAGAUUCUUCUCUAAGUCCGGGUAAUGUCAUGCUCGCCACCGCAGUCAAUAAGCCAAAACUAAAAAACCACACAAACGUGCUCAUUUACUCGGCUAAUGAACUGACGGAUCUACCAGGCAAAUGCUCCAACGACGAUGUCGAUGAAGAUAACUUUACGAUCAUAUGGGAUCAAAGACUGGUGCCCUUGAAAGCAGGCCAUAGCCCAAUUUACUCUACUGAUGAUAACCCACCAGAACUCGGUCGUGAUAUUUUGGUCAGUGAUGCUAUCAAAUUCGUUGUAAAUUAUAUAUCUACGGAUCGAAGAGAACUGUUAAAAGAUGCAUACACAGCCUUUGCCGAUCGAUGCAGAGCAAAUACUUAUGAUGGGCUUACGUUACAUUUAGGACAGCAAUUAGCAAUGGCAAUAGAUUUUGUAAAAACCGGAAUACGGCCAUCGCUAAAUGAAGAGAUAUAUGAAUACCCAAUUCCUGAUUUCAUGAAGGAGGACCCAUUCAAGACAUACCCAUCCAUCAAACCUCUUGGCUUUAUUCACAGAACACUACAAUCAGUUGAUAGUCGUCCAUAUUUGUUAAAUAGAUGCGACUAUGAUCCUAGAUUAUAUCUUGAUGGUAUGCAUCAAUAUAUUCUGGAAGCAAGAACGACAAGAGUAAAAUAUGAUAGUGAUCUACGUUUGCUGAUGGGACAAUACGGAAUCCGAUCUGAAAUUGAGUUUGUAUCUGGAUAUAUUGAUCAUUGGCCAAAGUAUAUGUCACAUAAUGACAGAAAGAACAUCACUCGCAAGGUCAAGGAAGCAUAUACACGAUUGAAAAAAGCAUGGAGACACAGCUUUGAGCUAGAGUUUUAUCAACAUGAUGGUCUAUCCAAGGAUAAACUAGACGAAAAAAUGGAAUUGAAAGCAGCUGCUUGGUAUUAUGUAGCUUAUCAUCCAGCAGAGAAUGCAAGUUCUUCCAAGGAGAUAGGUUUAUAUAACAGAUUCUUCAGCUUUCCUUGGGUUGUUGAAGAUUACAUUAUCAGUAUUGCUGUUAAAAAUUCAGAUAGACCUGUUCUCUCUGCUUACUGUGAACCAAUUGAUGAAUCACUUAUCAUAUCCGAGUCUAACAGUAAAGCAGCUUUUAUACUUGAAGAGACAGACUCAGAAGAUGAGUCUGAUGUUGAUGAGGAGGAUAAGGAUUUGUCAGACUUGCAAAAUCAAACAGAAUCCAUUCAUUUAUAAAUAAAUAUUUUUACUUGCUUUUAAUUUGUGCCCAAUAAAAUGC